CUAAAUGACAACUUAAUACGAGUCACGUGUUUAGAUGAUAAUGCAAAAACAUAACGCUAUUAAUGUUUAAAAUGAUGUUGCAUCCAAGUAGUUUAGUCGCGUUUCGCGCGACUGAUGCAGCGUGCACCGAGCUGCAUUCACGGCCACUCCUGUGCUCCUAAAUGUUGUCAAACUUGUUGCUCAUUGCUAGCAUAACACAAGAAUGUUAGCCACGCGUUGUAGACCGUUUUUGAAUCCACGUUCACUCCAAGCAGCUCGUUUCUUACCAGUUUUGUGUUUUGCUCAAUACAUUAAAAUCAUUCAGAAAAAACAGAAAGUGGCUGUGGACCCAGAGCCUCGCAGCCCGUCUUCUCCUCCUUUAUCCCCGGAGCAGCUGGAGAGGAUCGCCCGCAACAAGAGAGCAGCGCUGCAGAGACUCAGUGCCGCACACACGCCGACGGGGUUCGACGAGAGCUGGAGGAAGGAGCUGUCGGCAGAGUUUGGAAAGAUUUAUUUUAAAGACCUGAUGAAUACUGUUACUGAAGAGAGGAAGCGCUACACUGUGUACCCACCUACUGAACAAGUCUUCACCUGGACGCAGACUUGUGGCAUCCGAGAUGUCAAGGUGGUGAUUCUGGGGCAAGAUCCAUAUCAUGGUCCCGGCCAAGCCCAUGGAUUGUGCUUCAGCGUUAAGAGACCGGUUCCUCCUCCACCCAGUUUGGAGAACAUGUACAAAGAACUGGCCUCAGACAUUGAAGGUUUUCUGCAUCCUGGUCAUGGAGAUCUGACUGGAUGGGCCAAACAGGGUGUGCUGUUGCUAAAUGCUGUGUUAACUGUCCGAGCUCACCAGCCCAACUCUCACAAAGACAAAGGUUGGGAGAAGUUCACUGAUGCGGUUGUGCAGUGGCUCAGCAACAACCUGGAGGACCUUGUCUUCAUGCUGUGGGGAUCAUAUGCUCAGAAGAAAGGAGCUGCCAUAGACAGGAAACGCCACCACAUCCUACAGGCUGUGCAUCCGUCUCCCCUCUCUGCUCAUCGAGGAUUUUUUGGGUGUAGGCAUUUCUCAAAAGCCAACGAGUUGCUGAAGAAAUCUGGAAAGUCUCCCAUAGACUGGAAGGCACUUUAAAGUCUUAUGUAUAUUAGGUUUUUCAACAUGUCUGUUGAUCGAUUAACGACCAAAACCAACCAUAAGCUUUCUUACUUCUGUUUCAGUAAUAGUGUCUAACAUUUUAUCUUUUUUCCCCAAAUAAAGCGUUAACUUUGGCUGUUUGUAAAAUAGCUAUUUCCUUAAACUGUUUGAACACAUCUUCUACAUUAGUUGGUUUUGGUGUUGUAAAUGUGUUUUGUACACAAUUGGCUUUUUGUUUGCACAUUAAAGUUCCUUUUAAUA